AUGACGCCGGGCGGUAACCCAGGUUAUCAGACGUCGACCUCAGAAGUGAGGGGAGCUGUCUCACCCAGUCCCGGAGGAGUGUCCAAUUUCCCAAAAGGGAACCAAGAGCUCCACAACGGAAACCCGAGCUCCCGGGCCGGACCGGGGGGCUCUCCCAGCAGCAGACGGCUCCGGCCCUACGUCUCCGUUCACUUCAAGGCCUCUUCUGGGGACUCGGGCCUCUCGGAACCGCUCCCCGGAGCUCGCCGCUCCCCGGAGCUCGGCUUCACGCUGGGGCGGGGCUGGAACUUCCUUGGCCUCCGCCCCCUUUGGAUCAGGCGGGGGCGGGGUUACGGGUUGGGGGAGGAGCCGGCGCGCGAGAUCCUGGCGGUUCUUUCAAUUCCGCUGUUCCGUAACCUUGGCAGGCAGAGCCUGCUUCCCGACCCAGGGCGGAGCAGGUCGAAUUUCAGAAGCCUUAGAGGUAGCUUCUGCCGGAAAAGAAAACGGGUAGUCACACAGAUCCUGCCCAAAAGUGCUGAAGGGGAGGAUGAGAGGAGUAGAAACUUAAGAAAGACAAUGGCAGCAGAUAUGCCAUUAAGAACAUACAAAGACUGUUUUACUGGUUCUGAUGCUGUUGGUGUAGUAUUAAGUCAUCUUAUGCAAAAUAUGUGCCUAAGUAGUAAUGCUAUGUUUCGUCUUAAAGGAGUUGAUCUUUGCCAAGUUCUAAUGAACCAUAAAGUAUUUGAAUCAGUAGGAAUGAAGCUAUUAAAAAUGAGAAGAAAUUGGAAUUUGAAGUUUAAAACAAUACUCCACAGGUUUCUAGGCAAUAGAUCCAUAGAAGAUUUUUGGAAACAACAAACAUUGUUGGGUAUUCUUCAACUGAUUCACCUUCCAUGCGUGGAAAGUAUUUUGUAGCCAACAGUUAAAACACAAAAUCAUCAAUUAAAUGAAGAAGGGUAUCUUGUUACCUCAAACACUUAUCUAGAUGGAGAUGUUAUUCCAAGUUUCUGUGUACCUGGGUGA